CUUCCAUAGAUGAAUCAUUCACACUAAAGUUAUAAGCAAUUAAUUUUUCUUCACUGUAAUCUCUCUUCAUCAUCUUCAAUUUUCUUCUCUUUCAAUCAUUCAGAAAUAUUUUCACUCACAAACCUCUCUGAAACUAGUUCCCCUGAUUUCUUCAGUUUGCACCUUAGUUGCCCUGUUACUUUCUCUGUUUUACUUUCUUUAUUUCAGAAUCAUUUUGCCCUAUUUCUGGUUCUUUAUUUUUUUCCGUUUCAAUAUUUCUGAUUUCUUCAACCAAAAAAUUAAAAAAAAAAACACUUUUUGCUUUCAGUUAUUUCUCGAUUACUAGAAAGAAUUAUCAUUUCUCGUAUUUAUUGUUAAUUAUUUUCAUUUGCUUUACUUCUCUUCUGUUUUUCAAACUUUGAAAAAAAAACAUUUAAAAAAAUGGUUGAUGUUGCCGGGAAUGUUGGGGGUGCGGUGAGUCCUGUCCUUCAACUUGCCGAGUGGUUGGCUGCUCCGAUUUGUCGUCAAUUUAAGUACUUGUACAACUACACUACCAAUUUCAAAAAUCUGGAAAUGGAAGUUGGUAAGUUGAAGAAUACAAGGGAUGAAGUUGAGCGUAAGAUUAUUGCUGCUGAAAGAAAUGUGGAAGUGAUCAAACAAAAUGUUAAGGACUGGCAGAAAAAUGUGGAGGAGACCAUUACUAAAGCAGAGCAAUUGAUUCAAGAGAAAGAAAACAACUCGCGUUGUUUCAAGGGAUUGUCCCCCAACUUCAUCAUUCACUACAAACAAAGCAGGAAAGCUUUUAAAUUGAAGCGGGAUGGUAUUGAUCCACUCCUCCAGCAAGAAAGGGAAUUGAGUCCAGUUUCCUAUCAAACUAAUCCACCAGAGAUCUGGCUUAGACCUAGUGAAAAUUAUUUGGCUUUUGAAUCAAGAAACUCCACUGUAAAGAAUGUAUGGGAUGCUUUAAAUGAUGGGAAUGUCUUCAUGAUUGGUGUUUAUGGGAUGGGUGGUCUUGGGAAGACCACGUUUGUAGAGGAACUUGGUAGGAAAGCCGAGAAGGAUAAGCUCUUUGAGGACAUUGUUUUUGUUGAGGUUUCAGAGUCUCCUGAUGUAAAGAAGAUUCAGACAACAAUUGCAAACAAAUUGGGUCUAAAAUUCGAAAACGAAAAUGAACGUGAAAUGGCAAAUAAGAUGUAUUCAAGAAUGAAGGACAAGAAUAUUCUUCUAAUUCUAGAUAACAUUUGGGAACCUCUAGAAUUUGAAAAGACGAUAGGAAUUCCUUGCGGAGUUGAUCGUAGAAGAAAUAAACUUUUGUUCACAACAAGAAACUUAGAUGUGUUGGAGAGGAUGGGCUCCACAAAUAAUUUCCAGAUGGGCAUUUUAAAUGAAGAAGAAGCUUGGACACUAUUUACCAAAAUGAUAGGAAAUAUUAUCCAAACACGUGAAUUGCAUUCUCUACCAAAUGAUAUAUGCAAGGAAUGCAAAGGAUUACCUAUUGUCAUCUGUACAAUAGCUAAAGCAUUAAAAAACAAGAGUCGUCCAUAUGAUUGGAAUUAUGCAUUGCAAGAAUUGAGAGCACCUUCUCCAACAAAGUUUACAAGAUUCCUAGAAGAGGAUUACACAAAGAUCGCCUUAAGUUAUAAGUAUUUAAGAGAUGAUGAACUUAAGAAAACGUUUUUAAUUUCUAGUCUAAUGGAAAAUAAUACUUCCAUUUCAAACUUGUUCAGACAUGUUGUGUGUUUGGAUGUAUUUGAUGGAGUUAAUUUGACAAUGGAAGAAGCACGAGAUAGACUAGAUAAAUUGGUUUGUGACCUCAAAGAUGCUUGUUUAUUGCUUGAUGGGUUCAAAAGCGGCCAAUUUGCUAUGCAUGAUGUUGUUCGUGUUGUUGCCAUGACAAUUGCAUAUGUGGAUCACCAUGUGUUUACAACAAGAAAUGACGUUGAACGAGAUUGGAAAAAUAAAGACAAACUCAAGAAAUGCACAAAGAUCUCCUUACCUGGUAAUAGUACUAUUAUUAGUCAACUUUGGCCAAAUGAUUUCGAUUGUCCAAAUCUUGAAUAUUUCCAUAUGACCUAUAUGUGGAACUCUUCUUUCAAAAUCCCAGAGGACUUCUUCACAGUGAUGCCAAAGCUUAGAGUGUUGAAUUUUGUUGGACUGCAACAAUCGUCAUUGCCAUCAUCCAUUCAUUGUUUGACAAACCUUCAAACAUUGUGUUUAGAUUAUAGCCAACUUGAAAGUGUUCCUAUUAUUGGAAAGCUUAAGAAGCUAAAGGUCCUUAGCUUGAAAUAUUCUAACAUUAAGGAUUUUCCUACGGAAAUGGGUCAAUUGACUCAACUAAAACUAUUAGAUUUGAGCUAUUGCUUUUAUUUGCGAGUUAUAGCUCCAAAUGUGAUGUCAAAGCUAUCCCAAUUGGAAGAACUUUAUUUAAAGGAAUGCCUUAUUUGGUGGAAGAUUGAAGUACUUGAGGAAUUAAAACUUUUGUUUAAUCUCAGCAGUUUAGAAUUGGAUAUUAAAGAUGAAAAGAAUAUUAUUUCUAGAAAGAUUUGGGACAACCAACUUCCAUCAUCCUCCUUUCAAAAUUUGAAAGAAUUGAUAUUGCAGAGAUGUGCUAUGAUAAAAUUUGUGUUUCCUUAUACCAUAACCAAAAACCUCCAGCAACUCCAAUAUCUUGAGAUAAAGGAUUGUAUUGAUUUAGAGGAAAUUGUUGCAACAGAAGAAAUAACAGAAGCAGCUGCCAGUUUUGUCUUUCCGCAAGUAACUGUAAUAAAGCUUGGAAAUCUACCAGAACUUGCAACUUUCUGUCGUGGAAUACAUACUUCAGAAUGGCCGAAGUUGAAACAGUUGGAGGUGAGAGAUUGUGACAAAUUUAAGUUGUUCAAUUCAGAACUAAAUUCUUUGUGCUUGGACCAGAAGAUCAACCAUGAUUUGGAGAUAUUUGAAGUAAAUGAUGGUUGGGAACAGAUUAGUUGGUGGAGUCAAUAUAAAAAACUUGAAAUCUCUUAUUAUGAGUCAGCGCCUAUUCCACUUUGGCUCCUUCAAAGAUUUGAAAAUCUUACAUGUCUUUCUGUUUAUGGUUGCCAUGAGUUGGUUAACUUAACAACACCUUCAACAGCUAGAAGUUUGGUGCAAUUGAGAGAAUUGAAGAUAUCAUAUUGUAAAAUGUUGAUGGAAAUAUUAGAAAUUGAGGAAGAUGCAACAACUGAAAUUAUUUUUGAGAAUUUGAACAAGCUAUCAUUUGAAUGGAUGGAAAAUCUCACAUGCUUUUGCUCGGGGAAUUACACUUUCAAUUUCCGUUCAUUGGAAGAAUUAAAUAUAGCAGAGUGUCCUAAUAUGAAGACCUUCUGUAGAGGAAUCUUGAGCACUCCAAAGUUACAGAAAAUCAGUUAUGAGGAAAUGGAAGUUGAGAAUGAGGGGAAUGAUCUUAAUAAAACCAUACAAGAAUUAUAUAAAAAGGAAAAACAGGUUAGCUCUUUUGGGAAGUAA